GCUGGCGCUCUCUGUGCGGUGAAUUUCGGUGUAGCAGCGGAGUGUCCCAUUUCGCCGAAAUACGGCAGAGCUCGGUGUCUAGCUCGAGCGAGCUUAUCCAGGUUCUGCGUGCGCGGAUUGUCGGCGGCGGCGGCGGCCCGUGAAGUGAAGAGGAGACGAGCGCGAGCCAGACGACGGUGAGGAGAGAGAAAGAGGCGCGAGAGUAGUGUGAGUGCGGGCUAGGUUCGGCUGCAGGAAGGAAGAAGAAACGGCUGCUGCUGCUGGUCGAGGAGGAGAAGAAGAGGAAGUAGAAGCGCGUCGAGCAGUCGCAGAGUGCGAAAGAGAGAGAGAGAGAGAGAGAGAGAGAAGGAGCGAAGAAGAGCCGCUGCUGCAGCACUCGCACGCAGAGAGGGAGUGGAGAGAGCGAGAGAGAAGAGAGAUAGAGCGAGCGAGGGAUCGUGGCAGGGGAGCUCGCGGGACAGUAGCGCGAAUGAAGGACAGCGGAGCAGCGGCGAAGAGCUGAGAAGGUGUGUGCGCGAGGGUGUGUGAGAGGAAGAGUGGAAGAGAGGAAGAGAGGAAGAGAGGAAGAGAUAGUGUGCGGUGCUGCUCAGCGCUGCUGAAACCCCGUCGUCGUCGUCGUCGUCGUCGUCGUCGAGAGGCGCGGCCGGCCCGAAGGUGUUGCGCUUCUAGUGGCUGCCGUCGCCGCGCUCCUCCUUCAUCUCCAGUGCACGAGGUCGAGCGAGCCGAGCAGCAGUAGUAACAGCGAGUGCUACGGUGUGACAGAUUAGAAGAGCCAAGAGAGCAGCUGUACCCCGCAGUCGAGCAGCAGGAGCAGCAGACAGACAUGUCCGACCGGGAGAGCCUCGACGAGCAGCCCCAGAAGUAUGGAAACUCCGGAGGCAUGGACGCCGGCGGCGCUGACUUCGACGCUGGCCAACAAGGCCAGCAGGGGGAGCAGGAGCUGGCGACGAAGAUGCUGCAGAUCCAGAGCAAAAGAUUCUACCUGGACGUGAAACAGAACAAACGCGGGAGGUUUAUCAAAGUAGCCGAGAUCGGAGCCGAUGGGAGAAGAAGCCAAAUUUUCCUGGCACUCAGUACCGCGUCAGAGUUCCGGGAUCAUCUUUCGACAUUCAGCGACUACUAUGCAUCUUUAGGCCCUCCAAAUCCAGAGAACGUACCGGACGAUGGCAAGCUCAAGUCGGAAAUGAUGGUAAAGGACAACAGGCGAUAUUACUUGGACCUGAAGGAGAACUCGCGCGGACGUUUCCUGCGGGUAUCACAGACGAUAACGCGUGGCGGCCCGAGAACGCAGAUAGCGAUACCGGCCCAGGGCAUGAUCGAGUUCCGCGACGCACUCACGGAUCUGCUCGAGGAGUUCGGCACGGAUGAUGGCGGCUUCAAAGGUGACCUGCCUGACGGACGCUACAUGCGCGUCGACAAUAAAAAUUUCUACUUUGACAUCGGCCAGAACAACCGCGGGAUCUACAUGAGAAUCUCCGAGGUUAAGACUAACUUCAGGACGGCCAUAACAGUGCCGGAAAAGUCUUGGGCCAAGUUCCGCGAUGUAUUCGCCGACUACUGUGAAAAAAUGAAGGAGGGAGGCAGCGGCCUUGCUGGUGGCAUGGGCUCCGGUGUGGGCGGCAUGCCCGGCAUUGGUGGCAGUGGCAGCUCUCCGGGCGGCCCCACCAACGUCCUUGGCAAUGACAACAAGGCCCAGGGGGUGGCGCAGGUAUCGUCGCCGUCCGGCGCCUCGCAGCAGCAGCAGCAGCAGCAGCAGCCUAAUCCCAAUCCGAACCUAGACUCUCCUUUGAUCAAGUGAAAAAGGCUUUAACUUAACACGAACUUUGGAAAUUUACACCUAUAACUCGUUUAUUCGAAUCGUUAUGCGUACCUACAAGAGCGUAUUAACAACUAAUUGAAGCGUCUGUCAGAGAAUCAUCAAGAGUCGAGACAAAUCUAUCGUCGUCUUCUUCUACUCCUCCGUCGUCGUGGCCGUGAUCUUUCUGCAAAGCAGAAGCGCCAAGAGCUGCUAAGUGUGUGAACGAAAGAAAUAUGAUAUAUCUAAUUUCCUGCUGUCCUACUAAAAAUGGCCACCCGGGUACCUUUGAAAGGACUCGGGUGACGUGGUCAUUUCUUGCUCUUAGGAUCAUCGAUUACAAACAAAAAAGUCUUGAUUGCGUAUGCGCAUACAUGCUUCGAUACGUGUGUGCCCAUACGCGUACUGUAGCAUAUAUAUGUGUGUAUAUAUAUAUAUAUAUAUAUAUAUAUAUAUAUAUUAAAAAGACGACGAGGCGAGUUGGAAGAUAUUUUCUUUUAAUCGAUGAAUCACAGAUCUUUUGAGAAUGCGCCCGUGAGAUUUAGAAAAAUAAAAUAAUAAAAUCCUAGACGGAUACGAGUUGCCAUCGAUUAACGUUAUAAGUUCUACCGUUCAUUUCCUGAUUGUUCGCCGGGCUUGACAGACAACUGGAAAGCAUACGUACGUACAUUAUGCAAUUAGCCUUUAUUUGGGUUUGGUUCCUUAUCAAAAAUUCAAUAGCCAAGCACUUUUUAAUUACACUUUUAACACUAUUCUUCGCUCUUCAAUGCAUUUCGUCCAAUCGAGAGAUUCCUUAGAUGGGAAAUGGACUGUAGUGAAGGUUACGUUACAAUUGAAUUUGAUCGUUUAGAUUUUAUGGAUAAAUAGUUGUUAUUAUAACGAUCGCGUCGCCCUGGAACAGAGCCGAGCAUCGACCCUUCCAGCUUCGCUCUUUGCUCUUUGAUAACUGACUCGCAUGCAAGAGUUGCUAUAGUGCUCUAAACGUGAGAAGUAAAGGAUAAAAAAAAAGAAUAAAUUAAUAUUAAUUAAUUGUUUUUAUUAUAAGGGAGAAAAUUAUAUUAUGAAAUGAGCCUCUGAGGCUUUUUAUGAAGUGCGUUCGCAGGCUUUCGAGUGUGGACGUGAUUUGAUUUUUUGACGGGUGGCUGCUGACAAAAGGGUGGCUCUCGUCCCUUUCCUAAGCGACUGUUGAUCGGUCCUGUACACUGUGACACCGUACAUUCGUUUGCAAAACUGAAGAAAACGACGUCUCUAUUAAAUAAUAAUAAUGAAAUAAUAUAUAAACAUAGGGAGAAAAAUGAAGAGAUGCUAGGCCCAUACGAAUCUAUAUGAUAUUUACAUUAUAUAACGUUAAUUAUGUUGCGCCCCAUUAAACACUGCAGGCAGAAAAAUUCACACGUACACACGGACACACAGAGAUAACGUGCAUACACUGUAUAUAUAAAAAAUCUUAUAUAUCGUCUAUGUAUACUGUGUGUAAAUACAUCAUCACGAUUUUAAAAAGAAACAAAUGAUGAAAUCAAUACUUGUAAAGAACAAAGACACUCUCGAGGUACACAUAUACAUGACAGGCACACAAUUACACUUACGCGCAUAAACACAUAUGCGAACAUAAUACGGAAGUUGCGUACCUAAUUUACGUUACGUUUUGAGGUCGACGCGGCCGACUUCUAACACAAUUGCAUAUUAGGUAUGUAUUACACGAAGGCAUAUUAGGUAUUUAUAUAGAAUCUAUAUAACUGUAUAAUUGUAACGAAAUGCCAAUGUCUGGCGGGACCCAGAAGAAUUGGCAUUCCAAAUUUGACGUAGGCAUACAACAUUGUACUCUGCGUGAUUAAGGAUGAAAGAGCGAACGGCAAAUCUUGAUUAUGUAUUGGGACAAGAAAAAAAUUGUUCAAUAGUUCGAAUCACUGUCCGAAUUGGUCUACUCGAUUAUAAUGUUUUGUUUACGUCCAGGCUUACUUGUGUGCGUAGAACGUAGCGUCGGGAGAAUGUCAGUCAAAGAGAAAAGACAAAGACAAGAGGUAGAGGAGAAUUAAAGUAGCGCGAAUGUUGGCAGGCGUUUCUUCUGGGUCCCUUGUUUCGGACGCAGGAAGAUAGAUGACGGAGAUAAGGGAAUGCUUCAAAGACCUUUUCAAGUAAUACGCGACAGAAAAGUGCAGGAAAUAUGAUAAAAAAAAAAAUGAAAUAAAACAAAAAAGUAAACACACAGAAGUGUAUAAGAGAGCUGGUUGUUAGAAAUAGUUUGGUGUUUCGUUUGCUGUUUUACAUCGUUGCAUGACGGUUGAUGGUCGGCCGUUUCUGAUAAACUGCGAUUUUACGUCUAGAAGUGAGAAAAAACAAAUAAUAAUAAAAACCAAGUGAACAUGAUGCUUCACAUUUAGUCGACCUAUGCUCGUGAUUGACAAUGGGAUAAUCAAUGCUGUUAAUGCGGUCACUGCAAAACAAAAAAUCACAUCCGGCGAUGUUCUCGCGCAGUUGCGAUUGAAAUUUUCGGGUUUCUGACGACUUGUUGACCUUUAUAAAUCGAAACACUGCGAGUAAAGCCAAAUUUGAAGAAACAAAACAAAUGCUGAUUUUUGAAUAAAAACUACAGAAAAACUUAUCACUGACGUUCUUUUAUUAUGCAAAGAAAAUUUCUAUCGUUCAUGUACGAGAGUCGCCUUGAUGUUGCGAUCGAUUAUUAUGAUAAUAUUAAUUACGGUUAUAUUGUCAUUAGUUAUGAUUAUUAUUAAUUAUUAACAUUAUUAUUAUUAUUAUUAUUAUUGCGAUUACUAUUAUUCUAUUAGUCUCGUUAUUACCAGUACCAGUGGUGACGUUGUUCGUAAAUUGCAACGAAGCUUUGAUAGCGGUCGUUCACAUUUCGAAGAUGUCGAUGUCGAUGGGCUUUCUCUCACUUUGUAAUGAAAGAAAUAUCCUUUUCUCCGGCUUCCUAUAUUUUACCCUUUUCUUGAUUUUUUGAUAAUGCAAUUAAAAUGUUUUUCUUUAUUUA